AAAAAAUUUUACAUUCAGCACUGUGAGAUAGUUGAAUAAUUUUCUGUUAAAUCUAGCGAUAUGCCCACUUCCGAUGAACUCUACGAGGCAUAUGUCAAGGACCCCCGUAUUCCUUGCAACUACGGAGUCAAAUGUUAUCAGAAGAAUCAAAUUCAUCGCGACAAAUAUAAACAUCCACCUCCUGACGAUCAGAAGGGAAAGAAUGGCACUAGAUCAAAACCUAAAAAACGCACACGGCUAGAUCGGAGAAAGGAAGAAAAAGACGAGCCACCGAUUACGGAUUCCGACUCUGACUCAGAAGUACCUAAGACAACUUUAAAGAAAUGCUGUGUGUCGCUUGAUUCAUUUGAUCAAACUGCGGAUGCUGGUCAAAGCAGUUCCAAACAAAGAGAAUCUGACGUAGAAAGCGAAAAUGAACAGAAAUCUGAUAUUGGUAGCCAUUCGGGGACUGAGAAAGAAGACAAUGAAACAGGAUCGUCCUCACCUGUGGAUGAAAAAGAAUUUAUAAAAGAAAAAUUUUUGGUAGAAAUGCCGUCAGACUUUUACCGCUUCUAUGAACUUUGUAAAGAGAUAUCGCCCAGUGACCCUUGCAGUGCAUUCAAAGCUGCUGAUCUUUUACUUGUUGGGCCAUAUGAUGUUUUGAAUGGAAAGUUAUUGGAUGCUAAGGUCAACAAUAACGACCUGUAUCUGAGGCACUGGAGAUACUUUUAUGACCCUCCCGAAUUUCAGACUAUUAUCAGAGGCAACGACAAGAGCGGCCUGCACCUUGGUUAUUGGAGAGAUGAGCCAAAGAAGAAUCCUAUUUUUGUUGCUAAAAACUCGGCUAAUGUGGAUUGCAAGAUCAAACCUGUGGCAGAAACUGUCUUUGGAGCUGUAGAUGAUUACUUGGAGGAGAAACUUAAGACGGUUAAUCCGUUUGAAAAACCUAAAGUGGCCAGCUUACGUCAGCGGCUAAAAAAAUUCUCAAAUGCUCAGAGCAUCCAGUUAGAAAAGAGUACGGAAUCCAUGAGAGCUAGGGAAAGACGAGUCGUGGCAAGAACGUUUCAUCGUGCAGGAAUUGUGGUGCCGUAUGAUAAGAAAACUCAAUUGGGAUACAGAGAGCUGGCUGCAACUGAUGGAAACCUGAAGAGAAUUUUGAAACAGAUCGAUGAAUCGGAAAACGACACCGAAAGAGCUGAUCACUUAACUAAACUUGAAGAAGUAGAACGACUGGCUACUAUCGCCGCUGACGAGUGCGAUUUCGGAACGUGCCUAGAAUUAGGACACGACCUAUUUUCCAGCGGUAGCAAGCAUGUUCAGACCAUCGCUGUUCGAAUGCUCACAACCGCGUACAGUCUGCUUAAUCGUCCGGAGUUUUUGAAAAUCGCCAAGGCGCAUUGCUGCGACAGAAAGACAGGCUGUGUUCUCGGAAUCAUUUAACGAGAAUACUGGAUCGAAGCCGUAAGGUAAUUUUUAGAUUCCGAUUUGUUU